GACUGCCGGUGUUUUGUUGCAUCUGUCGGUCACUUUUUAAUUCUUUAUUGUGUUAGAAGGAAUAGCAAAGACUAUAGUACUGAAGAAUAAUAUAAAACAAGAACGAAAAAAAAAUUGUUUUAUGUUUUCGAUUGUUUGAUUUAUUUCUUUUGUUUCUUAUAUUUUCUUAAGCAACCCUUAACCUUCGGGCCAUCGAUUAAUGUGUAGUUAAAUCUUCACUUUCAGAAUUUUCUAAUCGCAUCCUAAAUAGUACACCUAGUACACGCACGACGGUGUCACGUGACAUCUUCAAGAGAUGUCAUCUACAUUUCGAAAUUGUGUGUGAUGUGUGUGUGUAUGUGUGUGCGUGUUCUUUUUUUUAUGUGUGAUUAAUCGGCUUUCAAUCUCGUUAUCUUUUGCAAAAAAAAAACGCGAGAAGAAAAAAAUCAAUUAAAACAUAAUCUCUUUAUUAAUAUCGAGGUGUGUCGACGUAAAAGUCGACACGCAUUUCAUUAUUUACCACGCAACUCGGCCACAACCGGAAGGUUAUGCUCCGUCGUGAUUACGUCGAUUCUUCGAUUGUUUUCACUUAGCUGUUAAAAAUCAUCGGGGAACUCGUCUUGGCGCGUCCACACUUGCCCAUGGGAUUUAUUGACGAUGAAUUGCAAGAGGUAUCACAGCUCUGCCAUAAUGUCAUCGACGGAAGCCGCCUUGUCUCUUGCGUACGGAGCAUGGUCCGCGUCGAAAUAACAAAAACACCGUUCAAGCAACUCGUUGUGUGCAUCCAGUUCCAAGAGGAUUAUCCUGCGUCGCCGUUGUUUGUCGAAUUAAAGAGUAAAACUCUGUCUGCGAAGCUGCUCGAUGGACUAACAGAGAUCUGCGAGAAAGAGUGCAAGCGUUUCUUGAACAAAGCGCAGAUAUUGCCAGUUUUAAAGUUUAUCAGGAAUUUUAUUGAGGAGACUCCUCUCAUCUGCUGCUACGAGGAAAUAUCACUAUUGAAAAAGCUUUUGGGGGAUAAGGAUGAGUUGAAGUUGAAGCAAAAGAAUUCUUCUAUUAAUCUAACGCUGCAUCAAAAUUUGUAUCAUUUCAAGAUCAAGCUUGAAGUGCCAGACAAUUAUCCCACCAAUUGUGUGACUUUUGGUGAUGUUGAUUCAAAUUUUCCACCACUGUUCAAUCGCUAUCUAGUUGGACAAGGAAGAGAAUUAGCAAGGCAAUGUGUCGAGCCAUCAUUGAGGAAACAACAAAAGUCAUUUACACCAUCACCAUCAUUAAACACAGUAGCCUCCUUUCUCAUAAAGCGUGUAAAAGCUUUUCCGCAAGAACCCUGUCAACACUGCAAAAUAACGUGCUUGCCAAUAAACCCAGAAGAGAUUGUAACAGACGAAAAUGCGGAUUUCCACGCCGAAAGGCUUUAUUGUGGUCAUCUCUUCCACUUAAAAUGUCUCGUGACAUACAUGAAGACUCCGCCAUUCCAUGGGGGUAAGAAAUGUCCGAGUUGCGGCCAACGCGUUUAUCAUGACAAAUGGGGCUUAUCUGACAAGCUGGCAGAAGCCCGUUGGGCCCAUCAAGAGGCACGAGCGAGAGAGUUGGCGGAAGUUGAAGAUUUUUUCAACUAAUACCCGCAUCGUGGAAACUCGUGGAAUGAGUCUCACGAUAAAACUUACUGGAAGUACAAUAUAAUAAAUAGAAGCUUUUAUAAUAUACAUAUGUAUAUACAGAGUGGGCAACUCACAUUUCGAGCGAAAAUGAAAUGUAAGUUAAAACUGAAAAAAGAAACCUAACUUAAAAAUAAUAUUAUUUUUUCACAAUAACAUGUAAAAGAUACAAAUCUCUGAAUUGAAUGAUUUUUAAACUCGGGAAUUUUUAAAGAAAUGAAAGCGAACAAUAUCUAUUAUUAUUGGUGGAUGUUAAAAAAUAUACCAGAUUUGGAUUGUUAUUACGGUCAAGUAAUUAAUGAAUAAGGAAUAUUACGAGGGAAUAAAUCUGAUUAAGUGAUAUUGAAAA